GGAGAGCGGAUAUAGUGAAUUCAGGGUCCGAGGAGAGCGGAUAUAGUGAAUGCAGGGCCCUGGGAGACCAGAUAUAGUGAAUGCAGGGUCUGGGGAGACCAGAUAUAGUGAAUGCGGGGUCCGGGGAGACCGGAUAUAGUGAAUGCAGGGUCCGGGGAGACCAGAUAUAUUGAAUGCAGGGUCCGGGGAGACCAGAUAUAGUGAAUGCAGGGUCCGGGGAGACCGGAUAUAGUGAAUGCAGGGUCUGGGGAGACCAGAUAUACUUUGUCUGUCUUUUGCCAGAAUCACUCUAUACGAGGAUCUACAGCUGCUUCUUCCAGAUGUUAUGGGGGGAACAGGCUGAACCUUGU